UUCUCCUCAUGCCUUCACCUACAUCCUAUUUAUAUGUCCCAACAACUCUUGUCAAAUUACAUGCACACACAUGUUCCUCUCAUAUGCAGCAGUCCUCUUACUAUGUCGAUGAACAGCCGCCGUCGUCCGCCUCUUCUCCUACUCUACGUCGUCUUUGCAAGCGCCGUAGCUGCACAGGAGAAUGACUUCUACAUAGUUUUCUUGAGAGACGGAGCCUCGAGCGAGAGAUUGCUCGAGACACACCUCAAUGUCCUCUCAUCAUUGAAGGGAAGUGUGAAUGAGGCUUCGGAGUCUCUUGUGUAUAGCUACACCAAAAGCUUUAAUGCAUUUGCCGCAAAGCUGUCUCGAGACGAAGCCACGAAGCUAUCAAAUAUGGAAGAAGUGGUGUCGAUUUUACCCAAUCGAUACCACAAACUACACACAACCAAGUCGUGGGAGUUUGUUGGACUCACUCCAAACUCAAGAAGGAACUCCAAAGUUGAGAGCAACAUCAUUGUAGGGCUGCUUGAUACAGGAAUCACCCCAGAUUCCGACAGCUUCAAGGACGACGGCCUCGGCCCGCCACCGGCAAAGUGGAAAGGGUGCUGUGCCCACUCAGCCAACUUCUCAGGAUGCAACAACAAGCUUAUUGGAGCAAAGUACUUCAAGCUCGACAAACGGCCCGAUCCCGACGACAUCAUGUCGCCCUUGGACACGGACGGGCACGGAACUCACACGUCGUCUACCCUAGCGGGAGUCCCCGUCCCGAAUGCAAACCUGGGCGGCCUUGCACGGGGCACCGCACGCGGUGCAGUGCCCCGUGCUCGGGUGGCCAUGUACAAGGUCUGCUGGGCCUCCUCCGGCUGCGCUGACAUGGACAUCCUCGCCGCGUUUGAGUCUGCCAUAUGUGAUGGUGUCGACGUGAUAUCCAUCUCCAUAGGUGGCGUAACCGGGAGCUACACCUCGGACUCAAUAGCAGUGGGCUCCUUCCAUGCCAUGAGGAAAGGGAUCCUCACGGUGGCCUCAGCUGGCAACGAUGGCCCGAAUCAUGGCUCCGUUGCAAACCACGCGCCUUGGCUCCUCACCGUCGGGGCUAGUGGGAUGGAUCGCCAGUUCAGGAGCAACGUCGUGCUCGGAAACGGACUCACGCUAUCGGGAGUUGGGAUAAGCACGUUCGAGCCGAGGCAGAAGCUGUAUCCGCUUGCGAGUGGGAUCGACACCGCCAAGAGCUCCGAUACGAGGGAGGAGUCGCGCUACUGUCUUGAAAACUCCAUGGAUCCCAACAAGGUGAAGGGGAAGCUUGUCUACUGCAAACUAGGCUCCUGGGGUGCCGACUCCGUCGUCAAGAGCCUCGGAGGCGUCGGCACCUUCAUUGAGAGCGACGCCUUUCUUGACGCUGCGCAGAUCUUCAUGGCUCCAGCAACCAUGGUGAAUUCCUCAGCAGGGAAAAGAAUCAAUGACUACAUUCAUUCAACAACAACACCAUCUGCAGUUAUACACAGAUCAGAGGAAAUCAAGAUCCCAGCUCCUUUUGUAGCUUCAUUUUCUUCAAGGGGUCCCAAUCCAGGAACACAACAUCUUCUCAAGCCAGACAUAACGGCUCCUGGGAUCGACAUCCUAGCGUCGUACACUCUCCUGAAGUCGCUAACCGGACUAAAAGGCGACACGCAGUAUUCCAAGUUCACCUUCAUGUCCGGUACGUCGAUGGCAUGCCCUCACGUAGCGGGCGUCGCGGCCUACGUGAAGUCGUUCCACCCCAACUGGUCUCCAGCAGCCAUCAGAUCUGCCAUCAUGACCACCGCAAAGCUUAUGAGCUCCAGAGUGGACAAGGAUGCUGAGUUCGCAUACGGGGCGGGGCAGGUUAACCCGACGAGAGCAAUCAGCCCUGGGCUGGUGUACGACAUGGACGACAUGUCAUACAUCCAGUUUCUGUGCCGUGAAGGCUACAACGGAACCGGCAUCGGCAGUUUAGUUGGUCAGGGGCCGAUAAACUGCUCGAAACUGGUUCCUGUAAGUGGCGAAGACGCGAUCAACUAUCCCAGUAUGCAACUCGCCCUCAAGAGUCAGCAAGAACCUACCGUGGGAGUUUUCAGGCGGACGGUGGUGAACGUUGGCGCGCCUCGGUCAGUCUACAACGCCACCAUCAGAGCUCCGGCAGGGGUGGAGAUCGUGGUGAGCCCGGCCACACUCACCUUCUCUAAGGCGCUGCAGAGACGGAGCUUUAAAGUCGUGGUGAAGGCGAAGCCUAUGCCCGAUCGGGUUCUCGUCCUAUCGGGCUCGCUCAUAUGGAGAAGCUCUCGUUACACAGUGAGGAGUCCUAUUGCUGUAUAUAACCCAUGGGCCAAUUAGAGAAAUUGAAUUAAUUCAAAUAGAAUUCUUUUAUAGAAAGCCUGUAAAUGUUCACAUUUGAAUAAAAGGGACCCUGUGAAUUUCUGAUCAGAUACAAAA